CUAAAGUGACAGCACACGGCGAGGCAGACGGUUGUGCUCGCAGUGGCUACAGCAAUAUCAGCAAUGACAGAGAGCAGCGAGAAAGUGGCGGCCACCGCUGACAAGCCACCUUGUCCGUUAAAGUCGACAUGGCCAUGAGCCCAAACGGCUGCGGCACCAUCGAGAGAUACGUCUUGCGCUUAAAAUAAUCAGUUAUGGCGGCGAGCCAGAGUGACUGCUGCGUCCGGGUGUCUCUGAGGAUUCGUCCUCAGAUGACCAAAGAGAAGAUUGAAGGAUGUCAUAUUUGCACUUUUGUGACCCCAGGAGAGCCCCAAGUUCUUCUGGGGAAAGACAAAGCCUUCACGUAUGACUUUGUGUUUGAUAUGGAUGCUCAUCAACAAGAAAUUUAUUCAGCUUGUGUGUACAAACUGGUAGAAGGCUGCUUUGAGGGAUAUAAUGCCACUGUUUUUGCUUAUGGGCAGACUGGCUCUGGCAAGACGUAUACAAUGGGGACAGGCUUUGAUGUCAAUGUCUCCACUGAAGAGCAAGGUAUCAUUCCUAGAGCCGUCAAACACUUGUUUGAGGGAAUAGAGCAAAGGAAGCGAGAUGCACAAGAUCAGGGUGUGCAUCCCCCAGAAUUCAAAGUCAGUGCUCAGUUUUUAGAGCUGUACAAUGAAGAAAUCCUGGAUCUUUUUGACAGUACACGUGAUCUUGAUUCCCGACACAGGAAGUCCAACAUUAAAAUCCAUGAGGAUUCAAGUGGGAGCAUCUACACUUCAGGGAUCACUUGUCGAUUGGUUAGCUCUGAAGAGGAGCUGAUGCAGUGCCUAAAACUUGGAGCAUUAUCUCGCACCACAGCCAGCACACAGAUGAAUGCACAAAGCUCACGAUCCCAUGCUAUCUUUACUAUUCAUUUAUGUCAAAUGAGGGUUUGCAGUCAAACAGAAGAGAUUAACAGCGAAGUCAAUGGGCAGUCUAAUGGCACAGUAACUCAACCAAUCAAUGAAUAUGAGACUUUAACUGCCAAGUUCCAUUUUGUGGAUCUAGCUGGUUCAGAAAGACUAAAGCGAACUGGAGCAACAGGAGAUCGAGCCAGAGAGGGAAUAUCCAUAAACUGUGGACUGCUUGCAUUGGGAAAUGUUAUCAGUGCAUUGGGAGAUCAGAGUAAAAAAGGGUGUCAUGUGCCAUACCGAGACUCCAAGCUGACCCGAUUACUGCAGGACUCUCUGGGAGGAAACAGCCGAACAGUGAUGAUUGCAUGUGUAAGCCCCUCAGACCGGGACUUCAUGGAGACUUUGAAUACAUUAAAAUAUGCAAACCGUGCACGAAAUAUCAAAAACAAGGUGGUUGUGAACCAGGAUAAGACAAGCCAGCAGAUAAGUACACUGAGAGCUGAGAUUGCACGGUUGCAGAUGGAACUCAUUGAAUACAAAGCAGGUAAGAGAGUAAUUGGUGAAGAUGGAGCUGAAGGCUACAGUGACAUGUUUCAGGAAAACACCAUGCUACAAAAGGAGAAUGACACCCUGCGAAUGCGUGUGAAGGCAAUGCAGGAGACAAUCGACUCUCUUAACAAUCGUGUCACAGAGCUGCUGUCCAAAGAAGUCAGUCAUAUUCUCUCAAAAACUGGAGAUGGAAAUGAGGAGAUUGGUCUUCUUGUCCAGAACUACAUUCAUGAAAUUGAAGACAUCCGGAGCAAAUUGCUGGAGAGUGAAGCAAUGAAUGAAUCUCUGCGCCGCACAGUCUCUCGGCUGUCUUCACGCUCCUCCUACUCUACUGGACACUCUGUGAUACCAGGGACUCCUGUACCAUACACAGAAACAGAGGCUACUGAGAUUAUAAAGCGUGCCAAACAGCAUAUUGAAAAGCUAAAACGAGUGGAGCACAAGCAAAGUAGGCAAAGCCCAGAAAAAGAAGGUUUCAAAAAGAGAGUUAAACUGCAUAAUGAAAAUGGAGAGGUGGAUUCAGAUGAUCAGGAUGAACAUGAAGCUGAAGAGGAAGACGAACCAGAAGAAAGUGGCUGUGAGGAUGAGGAAGAGGCACAAGAGGAUGAAGAAUCUGAGAGUGAGGAAAGUCAAGAGGAUACAGAUUCAGAUUCUGAAGUGAAAGCAAAUUUCCAAGCUGACCUGGCAGAGCUGACCUGUGAGAUUGAAAUUAAACAGAAGCUGAUUGAUGAGCUGGAGAACAGUCAAAAAAGAUUACAUACCUUGAAGCUGCAAUACGAGGAAAAGCUUAUUCUUCUACAGAAUAAGAUUCGGGACACACAGCUGGAGCGAGACCGGGUCCUGCAGAACCUCAUGUCCAUGGAGAAUUAUACAGAGGAAAAAGCCAACAAGAUCAAAUCUGACUAUGAGAAGAGGCUGAAGGAGAUGAACCGUGACUUGCAGAAAUUGCAGGCAGCACAGAAAGAGCAUGCUAGGCUCCUCAAAAACCAAACACGCUAUGAGAGGGAGCUAAAGAGACUACAAGCUGAAGUGGUUGAGAUGAAGAAGGCCAAGGUGGCAUUGAUGAAACAGAUGAAAGAUGAACAGCAGCGUCGCCGGUUGUUGGAAGCCAAGAGGAACCGAGAGAUUGCUCAGCUUAAAAAGGAGCAGCGGAGACAGGAAUAUCAGAUACGAGCUCUGGAAACACAAAAAAGACAGCAAGAGAUUGUCCUAAAGAGGAAAACACAAGAGGUGACAGCUCUCCGAAGGCUUGCAAAGCCUAUGUCUGAAAGAGUGGCAGGGAGGGUCAUUCGUCGCUUUAACAAUAUGGACUCUGGUGCAGACCUCUCAGCCAGUACGACAUCCUCUGAACCUGAAACUGCACGCACUGUUUCUAGCAUUGUCCGACAGUGGAACAGGAAGAUCAAUGGCUAUGCAGAAACACCUGAACCCAUUGUAAAUGGAACAGUGCCAAUCAGGAAGAAGUUACAGAGAAAAACUGUUGGUGGCAGCUUUGCAAAGCUAGCCCGACAAAAAUGGCUUUCGUUGGAACGGAGAGUGAUGGAUAUAGUCAUGCAAAGAUUGACUGUUACCAAUAUGGAAGCUGACAUGGACCGUUUGAUAAAGAAACGUGAAGAACUAACAGGCCAGCAGGAAAUACUUCAGAGAAAACGGGAGAGGUUCCUAAAUGAGACACCUGAAAUUGACAAAGAUCUGCAAGAAAUGAAUGAAGAAAUUGAGGUGCUGAAUGCCAACAUUGACUACAUCAAUGACAGUAUUGCUGACUGUCAAGCUACAAUAAUGCAAAUGGAGGAAACAAAGGAUGAGCUGGACUCAGUGGACACCUCUGUUGUCAUUAGCUCCUGCUCUCUCGCAGAAGCACGUCAGCUGCUCGAUCUUUUCCUAAAGUCCUCCAUUGACAAGGGUCUCCAGGUUGCUCAGAAGGAGGCUCAGAUCCGUUUGUUGGAAGGUAGACUGAGACAGACGGAUGUGACUGGCUCAGCUCAAAAUCACAUAAUAUUGGACGCACUUAGAGAGAAAGCUGAAUGCCACCCUGAGUUGCAGGCUUUGAUCCAUAAUGUCCAACAAGAGAAUGGAUAUGCCAGUACAGAUGAGGAGGUAUCGGAGUUUAGCCAGGCCUCAGAAGGAAGCUCCUCACAGGCCUUUAAUAUGAAGGUCUCUGCAAGCCAAGAUGACUUUAAAGUAAAGACUGAACCAAAGCUGUCAGCUCAGAUGAAGGCCGUUUCUGCAGAAUAUCUUGGUCCUACACUGGAUGUUUCCACUAAGAACAUUACAAAGUCCCUUGCAUCGUUGACUGAAAUACGAGAAAAUGGAAUUGGUUUCUUGACUCGUGACUCAUACUAUAAAGAUAAGGUCUCUCGGACAAUCAGUUUGCCCACAAGAGGUAACACCUUCCCCAGGCAGUCUAGAGGCCCUGACACCUCACCACUAUUACGACGGAAAUCAUAUGACCGUGGACAGCCCUACAGGUCAGGAGAUGGAAGCACUCCUCCUCCCUCACCACCACUGAGAUCUCGAAAUGACAGAAAUGUGUUUUCACGACUAACUAGCAACCAAAAUCAGGGGUCAGCCCUUGACAAGUCCGAUGACAGUGACUCGUCUCUGUCGGAGGUGCUCAGGGGUAUCAUCAACCCAGUAGGAGGCACAAAGGGAGCUAGAUCAGCACCUUUGCAAUGUGUGUCUGUUGCAGAGGGACACUCCAAGCCAGUCCUGUGUGUGGAUGCAACUGAUGAGUUACUUUUUACUGGCUCCAAAGAUCGCACUUGUAAGAUGUGGAACCUUGUCACAGGGCAGGAAAUAGUCACACUGAAAGGUCACCCAAAUAAUGUAGUUUCUGUAAAGUAUUGUCCUAACUCAUGCCUGGUCUUCACUGUAUCCACAUCAUACAUCAAAGUUUGGGACAUUCGAGACUCUGCCAAGUGUGUCCGUACCUUCACGUCAUCAGGACAGGUGAUUUCUGGAGAUGCAUGUGCUAGCACCACUACUCGCACUGUCACCACUGCUCAGGGAGAGCACCAAAUUAAUCAAGUGGCCCUGAAUCCUUCUGGCUCUGUUCUGUAUGCUGCAACGGGUAAUGCUGUUCGCACAUGGGAUUUAAACAGGAUGCAGGCCAGUGGAAAGCUAACUGGACACAUUGGUUCAGUAAUGUGUCUCACAGUGGGGCAAACAGAAGCAGGGCAUGACCUGGUCAUUACUGGAUCAAAGGAUCAUUAUGUCAGGAUGUUCAAUAUUUUGGAGGGAACAGUAGGGAGCAUAGGACCAGCCCAUAACUUUGAACCUCCACAUUAUGAUGGCAUUGAGUGCCUUGCAAUCAGUGGUGAUGUUCUUUUUAGUGGUUCCAGGGAUAAUGGAAUCAAAAAGUGGGACCUGGAACAGCAGGAGCUCAUACAGCAAAUUCCAAAUGCCCACAAAGACUGGGUUUGUGCUCUGGCUUAUGUACCUGGUCGGCCUAUGUUACUAAGUGGCUGCCGUGCAGGCAUGUUGAAGGUGUGGAACGUUGACAAUUUCACCCCCAUUGGAGAAAUCAAGGGCCAUGACAGUCCGAUUAAUGCCAUCUGCACAAACUCCAAGCAAAUUUUCACAGCUUCCAGUGACUGUCGGGUAAAGCUGUGGAAUUAUGUUCCAGGCCUCACUCCCUGCCUCCCUCGGCGGGUCCUUGCGAUCAAGGGCCGAGCCACCAGCCUGCCUUGAGCCUUCUCCUCUUUCCUGACACUCUUCUUCUGCUGUUCUCUUCAUCCUCUGUUACGUGAUUUUACUGUAAAGAUCUGGAACACACGACUACAAACCAGGUAGCUGAUGACACCUCCCAGAUAUGGUCAUCUUGAUUUCUGCAUUCUAAUCAAGCAUCUUUCCUUUAUGUUGCUGGAUUAAAGUGCAACGUUUAGGAACAAACCCCUUUGCCAAAUGAAGCAUGGUCCUGUUGUGACUUUCAACUGGAGUGAAGAUGUUUCAGCCUAGACCUUAAGAGCUUCCUGAAACAGUCCGUGAUCCUCUUAUCCUUUUUGGGAAGCAGAGCAGGGUGCUGAGUCAUGCAAAGGUUAGGCAAGCCCCCCAUGCCUCCUUUAAAUGGUUGGAAUUGACAAUUCCUAUACAUCACUCUGCUUUCUAUAUUUCAGUGGUGCUGAUAUUACGAUGUAGAGUUUGAAAGCCCAAUGGCACAUGGCUCUACAAUGACUGUAUUUUGGAAGAUCAUUUCUGGAUGUAUCUUACCUUGCUACCUCAGACUGGUAACAAUGAAAAUGGUACUGGAAGUUGAACUGAACAGGGAUGUGUUGGGGAGGUUUGCUGAUAUCCCCAUUAGGCACUCAUACACUGGAUGGAAGGACAAAGAGGUGAUUUACACAAUACCGUCUUAUCUUUUGACCCCAGCCUUUUUUGUAAGCCUUUACACACUCUACCAUUUAUUUGGCCACUACAGCUAAUGGCUAAAUAGCUUUGGGAAUCCUAUUGUGACUCUUGUCUAAACUGACCUGGACAAGACUCAUGGUUUGUGUACUGCUGAAUACACUUGCUGUGCAAGAAGGUCAUAAGGACUAACUCUGCAGGAUUGAGAACAUGCACUACAUUAGGCUCGCAUUUGGUGGACUUUAUCUGAACUUAAAUUGUGAUAAUGGCAGACAGGGUCUGCUCCACUUGUUUCAAGCACCUCUAGCCUUAGUGCCUAUUGAUCAGCCCUGCCAUUAUAGAGUAGCCAAGCAUAAUAUUAUUUAUUUAUAUGAAUAGAGACAAACAUUUUCAUAGAUGUCUGAGCACCUUGUGCUGUUGUUCAUUCCUGUAUCGUGAUGACAGACCUAUUAAUGCCUGUCCAUCACAAUAAGCACACUUCUAAAUGGAUGAGCAGUCGGGAUACUGUAUCUUUGACUUAAACACAAAAUAUUAAGGCACAUGGCAGAAGACUGGAACUUCUGCUAGUAUCUCCUUAUUCUCUGCUGGCAAAUACUUUGAGGCCAACAAGCACAUGAAGAUCAUAGCUGAAGCAGAGGGAAGGCCCCCCUCCCCCCAGGAGUCAAUGACAGGGUCAAAGGUGCCUUUUCUCUCAGUAUCUGCAGCAUUUACAAUUUGAGGACUAGACACAAAUUUCAGUAUUCUGUUGGAAUUGUAAAAUUCUCUUUUAUCAGUGUUGCACAAUAAAGAAUGAAUCUGGGGGUGAGUUGAACUGUUACACAAAUUAAUAUCAUUAAUGCACCCACCAACCCAGUGGGGUAAGUGGUAUGCUGCAGGUGUUGGAUGAGGCAGCAAGAGCAACCAGGUUCUGUAGCAUUCAACAACAGGACAACCAACCAUUCUGAAAUGCUCUGACAUAAUGCACAAAGUUCUGUUUGUUCUGGGAACUUUCCACAAAUGUAUUUAAUAAAACUGCCUUCAAUUGUUUUGCUCAAAUUAAUUUUGGGCUGUGGUCAGUGUUACUGUAUUCUUACUUGGGGAGAAAAAAAAUCAAAUACUUAACAUGUUGACUGUUAAACCUGUGUCCCCUGGUUCUGAAACACACAUCUCAGUGAUGACGUGGGGCUCUGCAUUGCAGACAGUGAGGGUUUAGCUCCAGUUGUGACUGACCCUUAGCUAACACAUGGAAUUGCAGAAGUUACAAUUGGACGACAGACUGAGUAGUGUGACCACAUGGGUAUGUGAUAAAAUGUGUUUCAGGUGCCUUGUGUUCAUUCAUCUUUAUUCCCUGAAAUGAUUUUAAAAGAUGCACAAAAAAAGUGUGACGGGGCUCCAGCAGCUGGUGAACAAAAAAAAAAUAACUUUUUAUUUAUAUAGCGCUUUGCCAUAACAUUACCCAUGUCAGAGAGCUUUACAUUAUUCUAUAGAGGAAUAUUUUGGACACAAAUAAAUAAAUGUAUCAUGAAAUGUAAUAAUAAACAAAUAAAUUAAAACACAAUGAUGUGUGAGCAUAAUUAAAUGUGUCAUUAAAUAUGUUUUUGCUGCUUAUUUCUUUGGUUUUUAAAAUUUUUUCUUCAUUUGUUUAUUUAAGGGACACCAAAUGUAAUGGCUUGAAAUGAAAACUGCCAUUUUCACUUGUCACAGUUGAGACGGUGGACUCUAGUGAGUAAUGUGUUUUGAUUGGUGAAUUGUCCAUACAGUGGGCAGUCAUAUUUACAACUCACUAGAGCCUACUGCCCUCUCAACUUUGACAGGUGAAAAUGACAGUUGCCAUUUCAACUGUACUUCAUGUUGCAUGUGGUGUCACUGAAAUAAAUAAAUGAAGAAAUAUUUAAAGAAAUAAACAAAAACAUUUCGUGACAUAUUUAAGUAUGUAUGCCCACAUAUCAUUGUUUUUAUUUAUUCCUUGUUACAAUACUCUUAUUUAUUUGCCCUUUCAUUUCAUUCUUUCUGAACUUUUCUCUGUACUUUUUUUUUACUAUGUGGGAAUAGGCAAGAUACAUGACUCGCUCUCGCUCAUGGGUUAAGUAAGUCAGCAGUGGUUGUUUAGUUGAGAUCCUUACAGUGUUCAGUCGAAAGCCUCAUUAGUGAUUGUACUGUCCUGCAUUAUGCCAGGGAUACUCAAAACUGAAAUUGAUUUCAUAAUCGGUGACACACUUUCUUUUAACUAAACUUCUUUUCCAAUUAGCUCUUUUAUGGAUCUCAUUAUGUAGUUAAUAAUAAAUGUGGAAAGCUUUGUA